GGCCGACGAAGGGGGAUGAAAAGCCCAGAGUGGUUGUGUUGGGGACCGGCUGGGCUGGGUGCAGGCUGAUGAAGGGACUUGAUACCAACAUAUACGACGUCGUUUGUGUGUCCCCCAGGAAUCACAUGGUCUUCACCCCUCUGCUUGCGUCCACCUGCGUCGGAACCCUGGAGUUCCGGUCGGUAGCUGAGCCGAUCGGGCGGAUCCAACCCGCCAUUUCCCGCCAACCCAAUUCUUAUUUCUUCCUCGCUAACUGUUCUGGAAUCGAUUUCAGCAAUCAUGUGAUAAACUGCCAAACAGUUACGGAAGGAGUUGACACACUGGAGCCACGGAACUUCAAUAUCGCGUACGACAAGUUGGUAGUGUCUUCCGGUGCAAAAGCCUUAACCUUUGGAAUUAAGGGUGUGGAAGAGCAUGCUAUCUUUCUCCGGGAAGUUCGCCAUGCUCAAGAAAUAAGGAGAAAACUCCUCCUUAACCUGAUGCUCUCUGAUGUCCCUGGAGUUAGUGAUGAAGAAAAGGGCAGACUGCUACACUGUGUUGUGGUGGGAGGUGGCCCCACAGGAGUUGAGUUUAGCGGUGAACUUAGCGACUUCAUCAAGAGGGACGUUCAUCAAAGAUAUGCUCAUGUCAAAGAUUAUAUUCACGUCACAUUAAUUGAGGCAAAUGAGAUUUUGUCUUCCUUUGAUGACCGUCUUCGUAAAUAUGCCACCAAACAAUUGACCAAGUCAGGAGUUCAUCUGGUUCGUGGGGUAGUAAAAGAUGUGCAAUCUGAGAAGAUAAUUCUUAGUGAUGGAACGGAGGUUCCUUAUGGGUUGUUAGUGUGGUCUACUGGAGUGGGACCCUCUUCAUUUGUUGAAACUCUUGAUAUUCCUAAAGUGCGAGGAAGGAUUGGGAUUGACGAAUGGUUGCGUGUCCCUAGUGUGGAGGAUGUAUAUGCAAUAGGGGACUGCUCAGGCUUCCUUGAGAGUACAGGCAAGCCAGUGCUUCCUGCGUUGGCUCAGGUUGCAGAACGUCAAGGAAAAUACCUUGCCAUGCUAUUGAACAGGACAGGGAAAGCUGGUGGGGGUAAAGCAAGUGCUGCAAAGGAUAUUAAUCUAGGCAAUCCGUUUGUGUAUAGACAUUUGGGCAGCAUGGCUACAAUUGGUAGGUACAAGGCUCUUGUUGACCUUAGGCAGAGCAAGGAGGGAAAAGGUGUGUCCCUAGCAGGAUUUGUGAGCUGGUUCAUUUGGCGAUCCGCUUACUUGACUCGAGUGGUAAGCUGGAGGAACAGAUUUUACGUGGCUAUAAACUGGCUGACCACUUUUGUUUUUGGUCGAGAUAUUAGUCGGAUUUAGAAAGAAAAAGAAGAGUCCAUAUAUAUACAGGAAAGGAAGUGUUCCUACAGAAGUGGAGGAAAUGUUUUGCUGCUCCAAAUUAUUGAUUUGUUGGAAUCUGUUGUCAUUAAAAUAAAACCUCAAACUAUUUUUAAAUUUUCAACUUCGUAAUGAUCACAUAGAACACAUUAUUUGUUAUUCCUUAUCGUUAAUGUAUAUAAUUGUUCUCCCUUUUCGGUGGGGUAUAAAAACAACAAUUGGUAGUGUUAAAGAACACUUUCUCAG